GCAGCAGAUAUAUUCUCUGCGUCUUAUAUGUCAACUCAAAAUCAAGUGACAGUAUUUGAAAUUGUGGCUAGCAUUUGGAAUGUUGCCGUUCCGGAAUCUCAGCAUAAGCCCCCAAUUCAGGAAUUUUCUGGGAUUCUAAAAAUUGGCAGAGUUUCUCUUCCACUUGAUGUAACUGCGUCACAUGAUCGGUCGAGGUUUGUUGAAACACGCACAUCAACACAGUUACUUGAGAAAAUAGCUCGCUCUGUCGAGUACAACGAGCCAGUUCUCUUAGUAGGAGAAACAGGGACUGGGAAAACUACUUUAGUUCAAAAUCUUGCACACUGGAUCGGACAGAAACUCACUGUUUUGAACUUGAGCCAGCAAAGUGAUAUAGUUGAUCUAUUGGGAGGAUUUAAGCCUAUUGAUGCAAAGCUUAUGUGCACAAUGCUGUACAAUGAAUUGGCAAGAGAUUUGAAGAUUAAGGAUGAUUCAAAAGUAAUGAAAGACCUGCAAGUAAAUUUUAGAGCCAAAAAGUGGGAUACACUUUUGAGGGGGUUAAAGAGAACUACGAAAACUGUGUUAGCGAUGUUUAGAACAGCUGGAAGUUCUCUAAGCCCUCUUUGGAGGAGAAUUGUUGUUUAUCCACCAGAUUGUGAAAGCUUGCAAAAUAUUUUGGGUGCUCGGUAUCAAAACCUGAUACCUAUUGCAGAGAAAUUUAUUGAAACUUAUGAAACUGUCAACUCUUCCCUUCGUCCCCAGUUUUCUGGUUCAAAAACCGAAAAUCCAGCUACUUUCAGUUCUCCAAGUAGAUUUUCACUGAGAGAUCUGCUCAAGUGGUGUGAACGAGUUCAUGGUCUGUCCUCCUAUGAUGGCCUUGCAAUUUCUCAGGAGGCAGCAGAUAUAUUCUCUGCGUCUUAUAUGUCAACUCAAAAUCAAGUGACAGUAUUUGAAAUUGUGGCUAGCAUUUGGAAUGUUGCCGUUCCGGAAUCUCAGCAUAAGCCCCCAAUUCAGGAAUUUUCUGGGAUUCUAAAAAUUGGCAGAGUUUCUCUUCCACUUGAUGUAACUGCGUCACAUGAUCGGUCGAGGUUUGUUGAAACACGCACAUCAACACAGUUACUUGAGAAAAUAGCUCGCUCUGUCGAGUACAACGAGCCAGUUCUCUUAGUAGGAGAAACAGGGACUGGGAAAACUACUCUAGUUCAAAAUCUUGCACACUGGAUCGGACAGAAACUCACUGUUUUGAAUUUGAGCCAGCAAAGUGAUAUAGUUGAUCUAUUGGGAGGAUUUAAGCCUAUUGAUGCAAAGCUUAUGUGCACAAUGCUGUACAAUGAAUUGGCAAGAGAUUUGAAGAUUAAGGAUGAUUCAAAAGUAAUGAAAGACCUGCAAGUAAAUUUUAGAGCCAAAAAGUGGGAUACACUUUUGAGGGGGUUAAAGAGAACUACGAAAACUGUGUUAGCGAUGUUUAGAACAGGUAAAAAGAGGAAGAAAUCGGAACAGAAUUGGAUGUGUCUUUCCGAAAAAGUGGAGAAGAUUUAUCAACAAAUUCGUUCAGGUGGAAUGGUUUUUACAUUUGUUGAAGGUGCAUUUGUGACUGCCCUCAGGGAGGGGCAUUGGGUUUUACUAGAUGAAGUAAACUUAGCUCCACCGGAGAUAUUGGGCAGGCUUAUUGGUGUUCUUGAAGGAGUGAGAGGAUCACUGGGUUUAGCUGAGAGAGGGGAUGUAAUGGGCAUUCCCAGACAUUCAAAUUUCCGUUUGUUUGCCUGUAUGAAUCCAGCCACGGAUGCCGGUAAGCGAGACUUGCCGUUCUCUUUCCGUAGCAGAUUUACAGAGUAUGCUGUGGAUGAUGACUUGUGUGAUGAUGACCUGGAGAUAUUUGUGAGGCGAUUCUUAGGUGGACGUGAAUCUGACAGUAAAUUAGUAGGCAACAUUGUUUGCUUUUACAAAGAAGCUAAAAGUGCUAAGAUCAUGAACCCAAUAAUACUACAACGUAUCUCAAGGGAAAGUAACCGAGGCCAACCACUUCAAAGAUACUUGGGAGAAUUAAAAGGCAGUUGUGAUAUAUUUGUGGAGAAAUAUGUUAAGACGAAGAGUGUAAUUGAACACCUUAAUCGCUUGGCGCAUGCCAUAUUUAUUAAAAAAUAUCCUGUUCUCUUACAAGGACCAACAUCCAGUGGAAAAACAAGCCUUGUCAAAUAUCUCGCAGCAAUAAGUGGAAACAAAUUUGUUCGAAUCAAUAAUCAUGAGCAGACCGAUCUCCGAGAAUAUUUAGGUUCCUAUAUGACUGAUUCUUCAGGGAAGCUUGUAUUUCAUGAAGGAGCGUUGGUGAAGGCUGUCAGGGAUGGGCAUUGGAUUGUCUUGGAUGAACUAAAUUUAGCCCCAUCUGAUGUCUUAGAGGCACUAAACAGACUGCUUGAUGACAAUAGGGAGCUUUUUGUGCCUGAGCUGCAAGAAACAGUCCCAGCGCGCAUCCUAAUUUCAUGCUCUUCGCUACACAGAACCCUCCUGCUUUAUAUGGUGGACGCAAAAUACUGUCUCGAGCUUUUCGUAACCGCUUUGUGGAGAUUCAUGUUGAUGAAAUUCCAGAAGAUGAACUCAGCUUUUGCUGGAAAACAUGGAUAUAUAACUCCAAGAGAUUUAUUCCGGUGGGCAGAUCGUUUUAGGACUUAUGAAGGUAKAUCUAAUGAAGAACUAGCCAGAGAAGGGUAUUACCUCCUUGCAGAAAGGCUGCGUGAUGACACUGAGAAGUUAGUUGUUAAAGAGGUGCUGGAGAGACAUUUCCGGGUCAGACUUCCAAAAGAUGAUCUAACAAUCACGUGGACUCAAAGUAUGUGGAGACUAUUUUUUCUCAUCGAACGUUCUUAUAAACUGCGUGAGCCUGUUCUUCUUGUUGGUGAAACUGGAGGAGGCAAAACAACAAUCUGCCAACUACUAAGCGAUUAUAAGGAGCUAAGAUUGCACAUCCUUAACUGUCAUCAAUACACAGAAACAUCUGAUUUCCUUGGUGGGUUCUUUCCUGUGAGAGACAGAUCCAAAUUAGUCACGGAAUACGAGAAUCAAGUCAACCUGUUGAAGCGCUCUGAGAUAUUGGCGCGUUUUGGCCAAAAUAUUGAUCUUUCUGCAGAUAUUGGUAGUGCUGAAGUUUCAAUCAAAUCAAUAGAGGCAAAGCUGGCGAAGUACAAAAAUGAGUCAGUAAUAGGAGUGGCGGCCACACUGCAAAUUGCUGAUGUUCUUGAGCAUAUAAGGAACAAUAUGGUGAUGCUGUAUCAAAAGUGGCGCGCAAUUUUUGUAUGGCAAGAUGGGCCCCUUGUGGAAGCGAUGAGAGCUGGAAAUAUCUUUCUUGUGGAUGAGAUAUCUUUGGCUGAUGAUAGUGUGUUAGAAAGACUGAAUAGUUUGUUGGAGCCAGGCAGGGAAUUGUCGUUAGCUGAGAAAGGUGGUCCUGUCUUGGAGGAAGUUGUAGCUCAUGAAAACUUUUCUGUUCUUGCCACCAUGAACCCGGGUGGUGAUUAUGGAAAGAAGGAAUUGUCACCUGCACUUCGUAACCGUUUUACUGAGAUAUGGGUCACCCCUAUUGCAGACACUGAGGAGCUUAGAAGUAUUGCUUUUUCUGGCCUUUCCAACUCAAAAGAAUCUAAUAUCAUAGAUCCCAUUAUCAACUUCUGGGAGUGGUUUAACGGGUUGCAGACUGGGAGAACGCUUACUGUCAGAGAUCUCCUCUCUUGGGUUACGUUUGUCAACGUGAUAAAUCAGAGUUUAGGACCAGCAUAUGCUAUUCUUCAUGGAGCAUUUCUCGUGUUACUUGAUGGUCUAAGUCUUGGAACUGGUUUCUCUGGGAGAGAUGGUAAAGAUCUGAGAGAAAAGUGCUUCGCUUUCCUAUUACAACAACUUCAGGAUUUAACAUUUCUAGCCAUGUUUGAAAAGUAUUACUCUUAUAAACUCUCAGAGGUUCUCACUAGCGACACACUCCCAUUGGAACUUUCAAGAAUGGAACAAUAUGGCUGGGGUGAUGCCAAAGCAAUUUGUCAAGAAAAUAAGAGUGUUCUACAUGGGGACUUGUUUGGCAUCGAUCCUUUUUACAUAAGUAAAGGUGAUGAAAAUCCGGAGAUUGGUGGAUUCGAGUUCUUAGCACCAACCACCUGCAGGAAUGUCUUGAGAGUAUUGCGUGCAAUGCAGCUUUCGAAACCAAUUUUAUUAGAAGGUAGCCCUGGUGUUGGAAAAACAAGUCUGAUAAUGGCGUUGGGUAAAUAUUCUGGCCACAAGGUUGUGCGCAUAAAUCUAUCAGAGCAGACUGACAUGAUGGAUUUGCUGGGAUCGGAUUUACCUGUUGAAAGCGAUGAGGACAUGAAGUUUGCAUGGUCUGAUGGAAUUCUCUUGCAGGCUCUAAAGGAAGGCUCCUGGGUUUUGUUAGAUGAACUGAACCUUGCUCCGCAAUCUGUUCUAGAGGGUUUGAAUGCUAUUUUGGAUCAUCGUGCUCAAGUCUUCAUCCCAGAACUGGGCUGUACCUUUGAGUGUCCCCCGACAUUUAGAGUUUUUGCAUGUCAGAAUCCUUCUUCUCAAGGUGGUGGCAGGAAAGGUCUUCCCAAGUCUUUCCUUAACCGAUUCACAAAAGUUUAUGUGGACGAGCUAGUGGAAGAUGAUUACCUCUUCAUCUGUCGCUCGCUUCACCCAUCUAUUCCCAGUUCAUUGCUUUCAAAGCUUAUUGCUCUCAAUAGACAGUUACGUGAUGGUACUAUGGUAGAUCGAAAAUUCGGUCACGAUGGCUCACCUUGGGAGUUCAAUCUACGUGAUGUGAUAAGAUCAUGCCAGUUUAUGCAAGGGGAAAUAAAUAACUUAGAAGUUGAAAGCUUUCUCAAUGUUCUCUAUGUUCAAAGAAUGCGUACUGCAACUGACCGCAGAGAAGUUCUGAGUAUCUAUAAGACUAUUUUUGAUAAAAACCCUGUUAUAAAUCCGUAUCCGCGGGUUCAGCUAAAUCCUGGAUACUUAGUUGUAGGAACUGCUGCUAUUAAACGAAAAAUCACUCAAUCUAAUAUUUCCAGUCAUUCGUCUUCUGGAAAGACAUCAGUGAUCAGGAUGUUAGCUCAGUUAACAGGAUUUCCUCUUAAUGAAUUAAAUCUUUCAUCUGCGACUGACAGCUCUUAUCUACUCGGAUGCUUUGAGCAGUACAAUGCAUUCCAUAAUUUCAGAUUGGUUGUUGCUCGAGUUCAGCAUCUUGUUGAUGAGUAUAACAGUCUGUUAUCACAGUCUUCUCAGGCAGCCCUUUUGAGCAAAAGAAAGGGCUUAGUUUCCAGCUGGCUUUCUUUUUUAUUUAAGAUAGAUUCCUGCCUCCUGGAAAGCCCUUCAUCCUCCUACGAUUCUGACUCACUCUCAAAAUUAACUAAGAUUGUAGAAUACCUGAAACAGGUCUUGGAAGAAGGUCUUUUGCCUGUUAGUUGGUCAAAAAAGAAUCUGGACCAAAUCACGAAGACAAUAUUGAAGCUGGAAACUCACGAGAAAAAUCAGUCAGCAAAAUUUGAAUGGGUGACUGGAAUGCUGAUAAAGGCAAUAGAAAAUGGAGAGUGGGUUGUCCUUGAAAAUGCAAAUCUCUCUAAUUGCCACAUUUAUCUUAAAUUUCAGGUACUUGAUAGAAUCAACUCUUUGGUAGAACCUAGUGGAUCAAUCACUAUAAAUGAAUGUGGGAUUAUUGAUGGUGAACCUGUCACUGUUACUCCACUCCCUAACUUUCGUUUGUUCCUGUCUGUUAAUCCAAAAUUUGGGGAGGUAUCAAGAGCGAUGCGGAAUAGAGGUGUUGAGGUAUUUAUGAUGGGGCCACAUUGGCAGCUCAAUGAGGUAGGCUCUAACAGUGAAGAGCUUGUGCUGAGAGAUGUGGAAAGGUUUCUUGCUCUGGCAGGUAUUCCAGGUUACAAGCUUGUUGCUUCCAUGGCUAAAGCACAUGUUCAUGCAUGGUGUAAUGGUCAAACCUUAGGUGUACGAAUCACGUAUCUUGAGCUUGAACAGUGGGUUCAGCUCUUCAAACUGCUGCUCAUGAAUGGUAAUCAACUACUGUGGAGCUUACAACUAAGUUGGGAGCACAUCUAUCUCUCUUCCCUUGGAGUAACUGAUAGAAAAGAAGUUGUUGAUCUUGGGCGUGAUACAUAUUUGUCAGAUAUUGAACUUUCUGAGCUUCAUUCGUGUACGGGUGGGGGUCUGUAUCUGCCUGGGGGAUGGCCGAAGCCUUUCAACUUGAGAGACUUGAUGUGGUACUCAAGAGAAACUAGUGUUAGGCAGAAUUGCAUGUAUCUGGAGUUCCUAGGAGCUCAGUAUGCAUCACAUCAGUCUGAAAUAAGCGACAAUGUCAGAUUGAGAAAUGGGGGGUUGGCUGCUGGGGAACCGGGAAUAAUAUAUACUAUCAAUUCUGGGACGUUAAAAAAUAUCCUGUUCCCUAAAGCCACAAUUGGGCCAACUUGUGCAGCAAAUAUUGAAAAUGAUUUGGCUUCUAAAAGGCUAUUAUAUGCUGCCAACUGGACAAUGGAACAGGCAACCGAAGAGGAUAUUCAACUCUAUCUUGGGUGGAUUAGUUGGUUUGGUUCCAGGCUGCAACAAUACUAUGAGUAUCUAUUGUUUUCCUUUUGGUCACUGAUUAAAGCUGUCAAAAAGUUGCACAGUUAUUUUCCGGAAGAAGUUCAAGUUGUUCUGGAGGAAAGCAAAAAUAUUAACAAGAUAGCUUUGCAUGGUGACCCAGAAAAGUCUUUACUAUGGGCUUAUGGGGGCCAUCCUUCCUUGCCAGUAUCUGCAUUGUUGUACCAUAAGCAGCAGGAAUUUCUACAGCUCUGCGGCACAGUUUGGCCAUUGAAAUCAGAAUCAGAUGAACAAGGGAAUGACCAUCUUACCAAAGCCAUUGCAUUUUCUGGCCCUGAAUUAUGUUUGCUUGCCUUGGAAGGUCUUUGCAUUUCAGCAUACAUUGCCGACAAGGACGAUGAAGAUUAUGUAGCUGCUGUUCAGCUGGAUGAGAUAUACCAGGAUCUUGUGGACAUUCGAAACCUGCUUAAACCUGCUCUAGAGUAUUCAUUAUCCACAACGAGAUCUCCACAGACUCUUGUAGCUCAUCAAAAGCUCUUGUGGGCAAUUGAUGCACGUGCCUCUGUACUAGGAGUUGACACCAAAAUUGCUGGUUUUGUUCUUGAGAUGUGGUACUGGUGGCAUUCUGUCUUGUGGAAAGAUAGUCAAAUCAGUCUCAUGGGUGUACAGAGUAUCUCAGAGAUCGGCAACUGUUGGAUUCUGUCACCUUCUAUGCUGAUUCAGCCUGUUAAAACAGCUACUGUUGAUCAGAUUCUGGAAAAUGCUUUUCCUGUAAAGGAUUAUCCUGUUCAAUCAAUGAAACUUCUUUCUGCGUCACGACUUCUAUGGAAAAGCUCACAACCCUCCCAAGAGAUGUCUGGUUCUCUACUGUCAAUAGCGCGUACCCUUUUCCAACAGAUAAUAUAUACGCUCCAAAAGUCGUUUGAGCAAGAAACGUUUGAAAAAAUUAAGUCUGCGUUUCUUGCGAUCGAGAAGAAGCAGAACAAGAUGGAGGGCAUCAAGUUUCUCAUCUCACUGAUCGGCUCAUCAAGCCAUCAGAAAUUGAAAUCUGUUACACACUCAUGUGUCUCACCAUUGGCGAUAUAUCUUUAUUCUGAGUGCUCAUCAAAUGCUUUAUGCCCAACUUUUGUAGAAUUCUAUCUCAAUCUUGGCUUGGCCUGGAUUUAUCUUGGAGGGCUACGGUUCCAUCUUUUGAAUGGCUUGGAUGUUAUAGAUCCAGCCAUGAGGAUCAGUUGCAAGCUGUUAGAAGUAGAAGAGAAAAUUUCAUCAUUGGAACUAAACYUCAAGGUCCGGGGAGAAUGUGAGUAUCUGUCUGGAUUGCUUUACACUGAAAACAAUGACGAAAGAACUGAACAWAAAUUAUCUAAGCUCAAGACUGAGCYMAAAAGAUUGCAAAGAAAGGUUAUUUUCCGCUCCGAUCCUAAAAAGUACCAGGAUUUGAGAAGAGCGCUGYAUGAGUUUYCAGGAUUUCUCACACGUCCCGUAAGUCUGGUUAASGAUAUUAAAGUUCUUGACUGGAACCAGGUUGUUGAGCAAGUUUUCAACUGGCAGGAGACGGCAACAUCUUUUAUUGAUCGGCUAUCUAGUGAUUAUUCCGAUUAUGUUGAUAUAACUCAGCCAAUACAAGUUUCGGUAUACGAGAUGAAGUUGGGUUUAUCACUCUCUGUCUCUGGUGUUCUCUUGGGAAAAGUUCUCAACAAAUUUGACAUAGACAUGGUUGACCCAGUCAUGGAAACAAUUAAUGCCUUAAUGAGAUUUCCAAGGGGAUCCUCCUUAGCUUCAACUACGUACAUCGAGAGCUUGCCACCUUUGCAACUUUCUCAUGAUGCAGAUUCACGUGCUAAGUCCUUAGGUUUGGAUGUUGGCUUGCUGCACAAAUUGAUCUCUGUUUCAAGUGCAGAAGAUUUGAGAAAGAUAUUGGAUAAAAUAUAUUUUGAAUUGGCGAGAAACUGGAUGGAGAGGAAGUUUCAAGCAAAAACAAAGGCCGAAGCUCUUUCUGGGCUGUACAGAUUUCGAUCCCGUGACUUCAGAAUUGAGAAUGUCAUGGAAGUAGAUAUAUCUGCCCUUGCCAAGUACUUCCCAAAUGACAGUUUCUCAGAAUGGCAAGAUUAUCUGGCUGAUGAUGAUAUGAAGCUUAUGACACAAACUGACCAGGAUGAAGAGAAUUUGGAGGAUGAUUGGGACUUGAUACAGGAGCAUCUGGAUGAUAUAUAUAGCACACAUAAUGAGUUAUUUGGUUUCUGUCAUCUCUCUGAAAAGUUGUGGCUUCCUUUGUUUUCGGUUCUGUUCCAGAAGGAUUGUGUUGAAAUUUCAGAACUUGAAAAUGAGUCUAUUUCACAGAGUUUGGUGGAGUUCAUUGAAACAUCUAAUAUUGGUAAAUUCCGGAGACGUCUUCAGCUUCUCUUUUGCUUUCUUCUUCAGUUAAAUAUGAAUAGAAAGAAUGUUGAAGCUGAGUUGAAGGAGGUUCUAAAACUUUGUCGGUGGGAGAGGCCUGAUAAUUAUUUGUCCAUUGAGACCACUAGAAGAACCAGGCAAAAGGUCAAGAAGCUGAUACAGAAGUUUACUGAUAUGCUGCAGCUCCCUGUAAUGCUUGUUAGGCCAACCCUAACAAAGGAACGAGCUCAAUUUCUCCCUCUUAUUGGUCCAGAUCUUGGGAAUGGAGCAUCCGACAUGAGUAUCAAGGUUCUAAUUAGUGAUUUAGAUGCAGAACAAUUGAAUGACAGGUUUUCCUGGUAUGCUGUUUGGAGGGAUAAAAUGAAGGAAUUGGUAGGAAGCUUCCACCAAGAUAUGCAACUUAAAACAUUGCUGAUGGGUGAAGAGCAUCAGUAUUCUUCCCCUGUCUAUCAGGGUGAUUGGAUAAAUUUGAUUGGUGAAAGGAUAGCUGGCUGUUCAGAUCUAUGGAGAAACAAUGACAGAGAUGUUGCAAAAAAGAGGGCCCUGCCUGCACUUCUCAAGUUAUUAGAAGAUAGUGGGCUGUUUUAUCAGCCAGCAUAUGACCCAAAGCAUCUGUUGCUACUAACACAUACCAAGAGUAGCAUACAUCCUUCUAGGGUUGUGGAAGAUCAAAACAAGAAAAAUUCACCGGUGGAGUGGAGAGCGGCAAAUGAGUUUUACUUUAAGAGCUUGGCUUCGGUGCAACUUGUGUUAAAUAUUGACCGAAAACACUCAGACGUUACAUCGGAGCAGGUUAAGCGGUCAAUUUCAUUUCUCAACCAUCUUGUGGAUAUACAACGGCGGCAAAGACAAACUGCUUAUGGCUUUGCUGAACUUCUAAACUGCUUUCGCCAAUGUGUUUUAUCUUUGGCAAAAUUAAUGGGGGAUUCAAUGGAGGGGAACAGAGAGGAUGAUUCUGUGUUGAGUUUUCCCCAAAAUCAACAUGCUAUCUUCAAUUGCUUGUGGCUACAGAAGAAACUCUUUGAUAACAUUACUGCAAUUCCCACCGCUCAAAAUUCAAAGGCUUCACUGGAUAGGAUUCUUCUUGAUUCCAACGGUUUUAUCAUCACACCAAGUAGCUGUCUUAAUCAGUUUGUCACACAGCAUAUGGUUCAGCUGCUACUACUGAACUUUGAUCAGCUUACGGAUCUUGAGAAUCAAAUUUCGACUUUCUGUGAAGACAAUGAGAAAAGCUAUGCUAGAGACGUUCUUCUUAGUCAUUUUUCCCCCGUGUUUAAAGAGGGAAAAUUGCUGGCUGGGAAUCUGAACUGUUUACUUAAAAUGGGAGACCAAUCAACUGGAAUGGAGCCCAGGAAACAUUUAGUUUUUGAAGACAAUCUUGCAAGUACAUUUGCAAAUGUUAAGGAUGUGAUUGGAAAGCUUUGCUCUUAUAAAGCCGGAAGUGUUUCUCAAGAAGAGGAAUCGAAUAUUACUACAUGGGAUGGUCUGUUUAAGAAGGCACAAAAUGACCUGAACCUUGAUAACCUGCUGUCAGAAACAUUUGGUUCCAUCGAACAACUGUUGAACUCAUCGGGCGUCCUUUCCGCUUGUGUUGGAGACCAGUUGAGGCAACUUCAAGCAUUUUUGGAUCUUUUAUUGAGCUUUGGUGAUUGUUACCUCAAAGAUUUUUUGGCGAUGAGUAAAACGGUGUCAUUGAUAACCCAUGUCCUUGCAAUUGUUCUUGCCGAUCUAUUUACAAAAGGAUUUGGCAUCUCCAAAAACGAUGAAGAUGAUGGCUCUAAAGCUGACAAAUCAGAAGCUGCAGAAGGUACUGGUAUGGGAGAUGGUGUGGGGGCAAAAGAUGUAAGUGACCAAAUAGAAGAUGAGGAUCAACUGCGUGGCACAGAAAAGAAGGGAGAGGAUGAGAAAGAGCAAGAUACUCCGGACGACGUGCUGGUUGCGGGAUCUGAUGCUGAAAAAGCUGAUGAAAAGCCGUGGGACAAGAAUGAAGUUGAGGAGGCAGGUAUGAAUGAGAAGAAUGAAUCUGGACCAUCUGUUGUCGACAAGGACACAAGUUCAAGGGAGCUAAAAGCCAAGGAUGAUGGUGUUGAUACUGCUGAUGAGCGUGAGGAGUCCAAUAAUUCUGACAUACCGGAAGAAGGGAACGAUGAGAUUGUGAAUCAGGAUGGCGACACUGAAAAUUUACAAGAUAAAAUCCAGAACAAGGAAGAAGGACUUGCAGAUCCACCUGGACUAAAUCCUGAUGUGGACAAUGGACAGAUUGAUGAUAACAUGGAGAUUGACGAAAAGGAAGAUGUAGAUCAGCAGGAAAAACCUAGUCCAGAAGAUCAAAAGCAUCCUGAAGAAGGUGAAAGUGAUCAAGAAACGCAAGACCCUGAUGGGGAAACAAUGGAGGAUAGGGCGGAAGAUGUGUGUGAAUCACCCGGAAAAGAAGAUCCUGGAAUUGAUCUUGAACAGAAAGCUGAAACGGAACUAACAGAAACUAUGGCAGAAGAAAUGAAGCCAAACUUCUGUAAUGAUAAUAUUUCUGGAGGUGAUUCCGGUUCACAAAAUCCUCUUGGAUCUAAUGGGUUGGGGAGAGGAAGUACAGCACCACAAGAAAAUUUGACAGCUACUAAUGUUUCGGAUGAACUCACGGAUUCAAUGGAUCAGCCUUCGGGUAGUUACACGGAGAUGAACCUCAAAAUGACUAACUUGACCAGUGGUGAGACAUUGACGGACAACAUAGGAAAGAUGGAAUUUCCUCAAAACCAGUCAUCUACAUCUCAACAAACCAAGGUGAAUCCUUAUAGGAACGUUGGUGAUGCAUUGAAGGAGUGGAAAGAAAGAGUUAGAGUCUCCUCAGACCUUGGAGAAAAGCAAGAGGUUGAAAACGAGAUGGAAGACCCUGAUGCUGGUGAAUAUAGAUAUGUUUCUCAGUUUGAUCCAGGAACUUCCCAGGCUCUAGGACCUGCGUUGCCUGAGCAAGUGAACACAAAUAUGAGAGAGGGGGAAUCUGAGGAAGAAAGAGUCGCAGAUAAUCAAGAUGAAGCCUCUUCGAUGGAUGUUGAUGAUGUGAACCCCGAAAACAAACCUGCUGUUCAGUCCAAACCGUUGAUCAGGAAUAGCAUCUCUGAACCAGUCAAAGAAUCAGAUACGGACAGGACCCACCAAGACAACUCUCCUAUUCAGAAUUUUGUUGAUGGUAACAGCAGGAUGGACUCUACGGUCUCUGUUGACAAUACGUUCGUGCAGGGAGAUGCUUGUAAUCAGGACUGGAUGGAGGUGACUGAGCAGGACACGGAAAACAAUCAGGUUAAUGAGGAAGAUCCCGAUGCCAGAAGUAAUGCAGUUAUACUUUGGAGGAGAUGUGAAUUGCUUACUGCAAAACUGUCUCAGGAGCUGGCUGAGCAGCUGCGUCUUAUUCUGGAACCCACACUUGCUAGCAAGCUCAGUGGUGAUUACAGAACGGGUAAAAGGAUCAACAUGAAAAAAGUUAUUCCAUACAUAGCAAGCCACUAUAGGAAAGAUAAGAUUUGGUUGAGGAGGACAAAACCAAACAAGCGUGAUUACCAGGUUGUUAUUGCUGUGGAUGAUUCGCGUAGCAUGUUGGAAGGUGGAUGUGGUGAUUUUGUAAUCAGAGCUCUGGCAACUGUGUGCCGAGCUAUGUCACAGCUUGAGAUGGGAAGUUUGGCGGUUGCAAGUUUUGGAAAGGAAGGAAGCAUAAAGAUGUUGCAUGAUUUUGGUCAGUCUUUCACCACAGAAUCCGGUAUUAAGAUGGUAUCAGGUUUAACAUUUAAACAAGAAAAUCUCAUUAAAGAUAACCCAGUCGUCAAUUUGCUGAGAAACAUGAAUGAAAUGCUUGGGAAUUUGGCCAGCACAAGACGACAGUCUUACGGGAGCAACCCACUUCAACAAUUUGUUCUGAUAAUUGGUGAUGGCAAAAGUUCCAUGAGCGUGAGAUAUUGA